UGAAAACCAGUGUUAAAGACGAGUCAGUUUAGUUGUGUCUUUCCCAUCGGCAACAUCAUACCCGGUCAUAAAGGGAAAGGUUGUGAUGGAUGGUGAACACUGAUAUCUUCGUCUCGAGUAUAACGAAUUCGACGGUUCUUGGCUGCCGAGAUGGGGGUGGCCGAGGACUUUGCUCCCAGCUUCACGCAGAAGCCUCAACUCCGACAGGAAGACGAAGGCAACCGUCUCGUGUUCGAGUGCAAGGUCAACUCUUCUCCAAAACCGGAAGUCACUUGGUUCCGUAGUGAAACUAAACUAGUUGAAGACAAUAGAACUGCGAUCAAAGUUCAGCCGAUAGGCACAAACCUUUUUUUAGUUGUUCUUGAACUAGACGAUGUGAUAGAAAGUGAUGCAGGACUAUAUAAAGUCAAAGCGAAAAACAAGCUCGGAGAAGUAGCUGCAUCUAUCAACCUCAACUUUAGCCCUGUGGAUGAGCCAAGGGAAAGACAAAUAGACGGUAUUGCGCCGACAUUUUCGAAGAAGCCUACAAUACGACAAGAAGACGAUGGAAAAAGGCUCCUGUUCGAAUGCAGAAUACAGGCUGACCCGAGGCCUACAGUCACCUGGUCCCAUAGCGGAAUCGAAGUCAAACAAGACGCCAGGCACAAGCUGAUUUUAGAAAACGAUGGACACUCUUAUUUCGCUACUUUAGAAAUAGAAAACGUAACAGUGGAAGACGCUGGAAAAUAUAAAGUAAUGGCCAAGAAUGAAUUAGGCGAAAGCAAUGCUACAAUUAGCCUUAACUUCGACAGUGACGAAGCUCCAGUUCCUGAGAACGGCAUCAAACCGACGUUUACCGAGCGGCCACUUAUAAGACAGUCCGACUCAGGAUCAGAAAUCACAAUCGAGUGCAGACUUGUGGGAGAACCGAAACCUUCAGUAAUCUGGUAUCAAGGAGACAAAAUUAUAAAAGAGACAAACAGGGUAAAACUACUGCUUGAACUUGAUCAGAAGUUGUAUUACCUUGCCAAACUAGUGAUUAAAGACAUUAAAAACAGCGAUGGUGGAGUAUAUAGGGUGAUAGCAUCUAACAAGCACGGAGAAGCUACAGCAACAGUGAAUUUGAACUUUGAAGGUGGAGACAAGCCCAAAAUACAGGAUGCAAAACCGCCAAGGUUUCCUAAAAAGCCGACCAUUCACCAAGAAGGCGACAUCCUUGUAAUGGAAUGCCUAUUGGAAGCGAAUCCGGUGCCCGAUAUCAUCUGGUAUCAAGGGGAUACUGUUAUUCUAGAUUCGACGCGAAUUAGAAUGAGCAAACGAGCUACUGGCAAAGACCAGUAUCUCUUGAAGCUGGAAAUUUCCAAGCCGACAUCGCAAGACGGCGGGAAUUACAGAUGCAAUGCCUGUAACGCGUAUGGGGAGAGUAAUGCUAACAUAGCAUUGAACUUCCAAGGUGGAGAUGAUGGAGCUGGCUUCGCUCCUUCCUUCACAGAAAAACCAAGAAUUAUUCCUAAUGACAGUGGCACACUGAUUACGAUGAAGUGCACUUGUACUGCAAAACCAAGACCAGAAGUCACAUGGCUUAAAGGAACUAAAGUUGUUCAAGAAAAUUCACGUGUUUCUAUGAAGGUUGAAGAAAGAGAAGACACAUACAUACUUAUGCUUGAAAUCAAGGACCCGAUAGGACCUGACAGUGGAACAUAUAAAUGCCACGUUAAAAAUGAAUUUGGUGAAAGCAACGCUAAUCUAAACUUAAACAUUGAAGCUGAGACUGAGCCAGAAGGCACUGCCCCAACGUUUAUUGAAAAGCCCAAAAUCAGAUCAGAACAAAAUGGAAAACUUGUUGUGAUGGACUUCAGAGUGAAAGCCGAUCCUAAGCCAGACAUUAUUUGGUUUCACGAAGGAAAAUCGUUAAAAGAAACAUCCAAACUUUCAUGGAAAAUGGAAGAAAAAGAGAAUACAUACUACAUUCGAUUAGAACUGAAAGACCCAGGCAUUCAAGAUUCUGGAGUUUACAAAUGUAACAUUAAGAAUAUUUGUGGAGAGCUUAAUGCCAACUUAACUCUCAACAUUGAAGUUAUUCCUGUAAUUAAAGAAGCACCUAAAACUGUCACUAUCAGUAAAACUAACACUGUUGUUAUUGAAUGCCGUAUACAAUCAGUGUUUGAACCAAAAUGUGUAUGGUUCAAAGGGGCGACAACAUUAAAAGAAGACUCAACGCAUAAAGUCAACGUCAGCCAUGUUAAAGAGGGUGAAUAUGCAGUCAAAUUGGAAAUCAAUCCAGCAAGCCCUGCUGACAAAGGAACAUAUAAACUUGUCGCGAAAAACGAAAAGGGAGAAACUCAAACGACGAUUGACGUUAUAUUACCGCCUUCUGUCGAACCACCAGCAUUUGCUCAAAAGCUUACCGAUGCUACAACUGUCGAAGGGCAAACUACUAGAUUCGUCUGCUCUUUUGUAUCAGUAGAAAAGUCACUUAAGAUCGUAUGGUACAAAGAUGGAAGUGUUGUUAGAGAAUCAGAUGUAGUUUCGACUCAAUUUGAUGGAAAGACUGCCACAUUAAUUAUUUCAUCAACCAAGAAAGAUUCAGCAGGUAGCUACAAGGUGACAGCGACCAACACUGGUGGUACCGUUGAAUCUUCAGCAUCACUUAAAGUAACAGAAAAAUUGAAAGAGCCGGAGGAUGAGGAAGAAGAGGAGGAAGUAAAGGAGGUAAAAUGACACCUCAACAAACCAAUUAAACGUGUU